CUUUCAUCUGGUCACAGUUAAAGGAGUGUCAACUAAGACAGCACACGUGCCACAAAAUGGAUAUGAAUAAGACAGUCGACUGCCUGGAGAUGGAUAAUACCCUGGAAAAAUAUCAUCUUCCUACCAUGUAUACCAUUGAGUUCAUUUUUGGCAUAAUUGGAAACAGCAUUGUUGUCUUUGGAUACUUAUUCUGCCUGAAAGUUUGGAAAAGUGGCAAUAUUUACUUGUUUAACUUAUCACUAUCAGAUUUUGUAUUUCUGUGCACACUUCCAAUGUUGGUGACAAGCUACUCCAAAGGAAAGUGGACAUAUGGGAACAUGUUGUGCCAAAGCAACAGGUUCAUGCUGCAUGUGAACCUAUACACAAGCAUCCUUUUCCUUACCUUUAUCAGCAUUGAUCGUUAUAUGCUCAUGCAGUAUCCUUUCAGAGACCAUUUUCUACAUAAGAGGAAGAUAGCUGUUGUUUCCUCUGUUGCCAUAUGGAUCCUUGUUAUACUUGAACUGGUGCCAAUAAUCACCUUCAUAGAAUCUAGAAAUACUGCUAGUGAUAACCAAUGUACAGAUUAUACAAGUUCUGGAGAUCCAGCAAAAAGCCUGAUCUAUAACAUAUACCUGACUCUUCUGGGGUUUGUAAUUCCUCUUUGUGUUAUGUGCUUCUUUUACUUGAAGAUGGUUAUCUUUCUUAGGAAACAUAGUGAGCGGCUCUCAGCUGCGCAGCACCUUGAGAAACCUCUUUCUUUAGUCAUCAUAGCACUGGUUAUCUUUUCACUAUUCUUUACUCCAUUUCACAUAAUGCGCAAUGUGAGAAUUGCCUCCCGAAUGGAAUCCUGGAAGCUAUCGCUGUGCACACAGAACAUCAUCAACACCAUUUAUAUUAUCACAAUGCCUAUUGCAUUUUUAAAUAGUGUAAUUAACCCCGUCUUUUAUUUCCUAAUGGGUGAUCACUUCAGGGAGAUGCUGAUGAGUAAAGUAAGACAACUCUUAAUAAGGUUUACACCCACAGUAAAUGAGGUGUUGACAAAGCACUCUGACACGGGAACACACUGAGGAAUAAAGGACCCUGGUUUAUGGGACAACUUUUACUGCUGUAUAUCAAGGCUUAUGUAGCUAGCUUCAUUUAGGCUUGGUUAGUACAUACACAAUGAAGCCAUUACUAAGCAACUGCAUAAUAGACCUGAUCUUACUAUCUUUAUUCAGGCAAAACUCUCACUGGCUUCAAUAGCUGGUUAUAAGAGUCACAGGACUGGACUACGUAUUGCUAUAUGAUAAAAGAAUAUAAUAUUUAUGCACUUGGCUGUUUUAACUAGGGUUACCAGAUAGCAACAGUGA